AAUUCACUGACGUAGGAUAAUAGUACUUGCGAAUACUAGUGUGGAGAAUAUCGUUGAAAUUAUACUGCUAUGUAAUAUUCAUACGAGGCUGCGUUUUGCUGUGAUUACUUAACCUUAGGCCUAAACUGAUCGAGAGAUGGUAUGAUAGAAGACAUUUCAAAUCUGAUCAUACCGUUUCUUUCAUAGGAGAAACACAUGAUCAUUUGAUAUAACAUUUUUCCUCAGAAAGCACCGUGUGAUGUAACGGAUAUUUAGCCACUAUGUUAAGCAGAUUGAGAAACAACAUAAAAACACCUCUCUUGCAUCUUCCAGAAAAACCCAAGGGAGGUUUUACUACAAAGAAAGAGAAAUGGCUUACCGUGAUUCUGGUAAUUCUCAUUAUCUGUAUUCUCGGAUUAAUAAUUGCGGUAAUCGUUCUUGCCAUACCAAAGGAUGAAUCUAAGGAAGAACAAGAAAAAAAAUCAUGUCUGAGCGACAGGUGUUUAAAAGCCGCGGUCAGCGUAAUGGAUAAAAUGGAUGAUAAUAUCAAGCCUUGUAAUGAUUUUUGGAAAUAUUCCUGCGGUGAUUUUAUCGAAAGACACCCGGUUUUCGCAUUUCAAAAUAAUACCGUCUAUAGCAGCUUUAGCGAAGUUGCUGUAAGAGUAAGUAGAAGACUAUUGGUACUGCUUACCGAGGAGGACACUAAAGAUACAAUUUCUCCGGUCAAAAAGAUCAAGCAAUUUUUCAAGACAUGUAUAGAUCCAAAUGCAACUGAAGAGGCAAAUAUACAACAAAGCAUGAUGAAAGCCGCUGAAUUCGGUGGAAUACCUUUCGUUACUGGUAGCAUGAAGGAGAACGUUACUAGAAUAGAAUUACUUACUAAUUUUGCACAGUUUUUCGCAACGUUUCCAUUUCUUGCUUUCGACAUCCAUAGAAAUAUUCAUACUGGCGACGGAAAUGCAAUUUACUUGACCUUACCAAAGACUUAUAACAAAGAAACUAUUCUCAGCGUCAUUGAGAGUAUUGCAAAACUAGCGAACCAAACUGAUAGUUAUAACGUAACUGAAAUCACAACUUUUAUGGACACUUAUAAAGAGUUGGCCGACUCAAUACCUACAAUAGACAUGAACAUAUUUUUGGACUAUAAACCACGAAAUAUUUCAGAAAUUUUGAAAGAUUUUCCUCACUUCGACCUAGAAAGCUACAUCAAUGGUAUUUUAAGCUUAGGCGAUACGAAACUGGAGAAUGAUAGUGGAAUUGUAAUAAUUGGCGAAGAACAAGUGAAGAAUUUUACAAUUCUUCUUUCUCAAACAUCACUACAAACCAUGCUUAACAUCAUGUCUACAUCCUUAUUUAUAGAAUUGCAUAGCGUAUUAAACCCUUCUUUGAAAGAAUCUAAAUUACACGGCGAAAACCUAAAUACGCAAAACACACGCCCUAAUCUUUGUCUGGAAUUAAGCAAAAGUUACGCUCCAAGACUCCUGGGGAAAAUGUAUGUGAACAAAUAUUUUCCAGAGGAAAAUAGAAAAAAGAGUAAUGAAAUCGCUGAUUAUAUGGGUAAAGCCUUAAUUGCUAUAUUCGAAAGAAAUAAGUGGUUGGAUGUGCAGAGUAAGAAGCAAGUUCUAGAUAAAGCAAAGGAAUUACUAAAACGUAAAAGCAUUGGCUACAACGACAAAUUGAUAAGUGAUGACUUUCUGGAGAAGAGAUUCGAAAAUGUAACUGUGGACGACAGCUUGUAUGAUAACAUCUUCGAAUACAAUAAAGCCCUUAUGAGGAGGAAAAUGAAGUCAUUUAGUGAAACGCUCUCAGAAGAUUCGGCCAUUAUCAACACAGUUAACGUGAACGCUCAAUACAAUGCAAUGUAUAACACAAUAUCUAUACCAUCAGCCAUUUUGCAGUCACCCUUUUUCGAUGUGGAUGUCUCUCAGGAAAUAAAUUUUGGCGGUGUUGGCACAGUAAUUGGUCACGAGAUGAUGCAUGCAUUUGACAAUACUGGUAUAAAAUUUAACGAAAAGGGAAAUAUUGGCAAUGUUUUAACGAACGAUUCACAAGUAAAAUUUGACGAACGAACGGAGAAACUCAUUGAAGAUUAUUCUGAUUUCCUGAUGCCAAGAGCAAAUAAGACUGUCAAUGGUACUUUGACUCUUGGUGAAAAUAUUGCUGACCUUAGUGGUAUGAAAGUUUCAUUUUUGGCUUAUAGCAUGUGGAAAAGUGAUACAAAGUGGGAAAAGACUACCGUCCCCGGCCUUAGUUUGAGCAGUGAGCAAUUAUUCUUCACCAGUUUUACUCAGGUUUGGUGUGAGUCUAGAACUAUGGAUCUGUUAAAAUCUCAACUGAAAACAGAUGUUCAUUCACCGGCAAAAGCAAGAACCACUGUAACGUUACAGAAUUUUAAAGAGUUUUCGGUUGAAUACGGCUGUCCUAAAGAUGCUUGGAUGAAUCCAUCGAAGAAAAUUGAAAUAUGGUGAAAUAACGAAAAAAAAAAAUAACAAUUUAAUGACUAAAUAUUUAAACUAACCUCGUACAUUUUGAGAACGGUUUUAAUUUCACUUUCCUUAACUCAAGAAGAAAAUAAUUAUCGCUUAUAAUGUUUUUACUGUU